AUGAAGUUCGCAAAAGACUUGGACGACGACCUCGUCCCAGAAUGGAGGUCCAAGUACCUGAACUACAAGGGAGGCAAGAAGAGGAUCAAAGCCGUCACUCGAGCACUCAGAGACGCACACCGAACUCCAAACCAAGCCGCCCGCGCGCAAAGACCGGGAUAUCAGACUCCAGGCCAGCUAUUCACUCACUAUGACUACAAUGCGCGUCGUUCCCGCACGCAGCCCCAGCUGGACGGAGCUGCCGAUCACGUUCCUCCCCAUCAAAGGCCAAAUCCUGACCGCACCCGUCGCGAGAGCGGCACCCUGUUUGCUCAAUCCCCACCUGUCCUCAUACCUAGUAGCCAACCCGAUAGUCAAGUCCAAAGCUCACGGACUUCACCUGAGGCCAGCCCACAAGAAGACACGCCUUUACAACCGGCAAGGACGGCCCGCUAUGGUAGUAUCAUUGGCUCGCCUCCCAAUGACCCUGCAAGAUUGCCUAGCUUAGACCUUCCAGAUCCUGCCAUGAGUCCUACCAGUGCUCGUCAACAGCAAACCACCGACGCAAAACCCCAUUCCAAUCUACCCCCUCCAGUCACUCAACCGGAACAGUCUUCGCCAGAUCCGUACCAUGUUGGACAAGAUAGCACAAAGAAAGGCAGUCUCGCUCGACGCAUGUUUGCAAAGAAGCAUCAGACAUCGCAGCCCGCCGCAGAGAAUACAACCGUACCGAACACCAUCUCCCGCUCGAGACUACGUCGUAUGUUCAGCUCUGGGUUGCGACAGAGCCCUGCUGGUGGUGACGUGCAACUUGAAGCAUACGAAAAGCUAGAUGCAAGACAAGAUGACUUCUUCACUUUCCUGGAUAAGGAGCUCAACAAAGUGGAAGAGUUCUACAAAUUCAAGGAAGAAGAGGCCAAUGAUCGAUUGCGAGUUCUGCGAAAACAGUUGCACGAGCUGCGUGAUCAUCGCCUAGACGAAAUCAACUCCCUGACUAACCAAGCUCACGCCGCCGCCCAGAAUGGGGCUCUCAAUGGCAUGAGUGACAAGCAAAAAGGCCCUCUGAGCAAGGCUAAUGGGUUCGGCACUGCUGCCCUCAAGCCAAUUGGCGAUUUUGUCACCGGUAAAUCCAAAAUCGGCCGUGUCUCGACGUCCUUGCAACAGCACACUUCGCCUCAAAUUCUUUCCGAAACCUCCGACGGGAAUGGAGCUGCGGAUGACAGAGCUGAUUUCGUAAGGAGGCAGCAGCAUGCACCAUCCUACCGCGUUGCCAAGCGGCGCUUGAAGCUGGCCAUGCAAGAGUAUUACCGUGGCUUGGAGCUGCUGAAAUCAUACUCGAUGCUGAACCAGACGGCUUUCCGGAAAAUCAACAAGAAAUACGACAAAGCAGUGAAUGCCCGUCCCCCUCUCCGUUAUUACUCCGAAUAUGUUCAGAACGCCUACUUUGUCAAAAGUGAUGUUAUCAACCAUCACAUGGUGACGGUCGAGGAUCUUUACUCACGCUACUUCGAAAGGGGCAACCACAAAGUUGCUGUGGGAAAGCUGAGAUCCAAGCUGAAAGGCGGCGACUACUCUGGCGUUACCUUCCGAAAUGGCCUCUGGCUGGCCGCUGGUACCUGCCUGGGCAUCGCCGGCCUCAUCGAGGGGCUGAGGCUGCUCUUCCGAUCUGAGGGCAUACGGGCCACGCAGACGAGUUAUUUGCUCCAACUGCACGGUGGCUACUUCUUGGCUGUGCUCCUUGGUCUGCUUUUCAUUCUCAAUUGCAGAGUCUGGAAGGCGAACCGAAUCAAUUACGCCUUUGUCUUCGAAUUCGAUCCGCGACAUACACUCGACUGGCGACAACUUGCCGAAUUGCCCUGCUUCUUCCUGUUUUUGCAAGGCCUGGUCAUCUACCUUAAUUUCCGUCACCCUGAUGUCGAUGCCCUUUUCCUCUAUUGGCCAGUUUUACUCAUUGCCAUCACCGUUCUGAUCAUGGCUCUGCCUUUCAAGAUCAUCUAUCCCCACGCCCGAAAAUGGUGGGCCUAUUCCAACUGGCGCCUGCUUUGUGCUGGACUUUACCCCGUCGAGUUUCGAGACUUCUACCUUGGCGACAUGUAUACCUCCUCAUCCUACACAAUGAGUCAGGUUGCUCUGUUCUUCUGUCUGUACUCCAACGAGUGGGACAAUCCGCCUCGAUGCAACUCGAACCACUCGCGGCUCCUCGGCUUUUUCACUGCUCUUCCAGCAAUUUUUCGAGCGCUGCAGUGCUUGCGGCGUUUCAAGGACUCCCGCAACUGGUUUCCUCACAUGGCCAACUUUGCCAAGUACUGCGGCAACAUACUCUACUACACAUCUUUGAGCUUAUAUCGGAUCGACCAGUCGUAUCAGACACGAGCAGCCUUCAUGACGUUUGCUGCGCUGAACGCCGUCUAUUGUACGCUUUGGGACAUCUUAAUGGACUGGUCCUUGGGCGACUGGGUCUCCAGCAACAAAUUCCUGCGUGCGCGCCUUGCAUACAAGAAAAGAAGAAUAUACUACGCAGCGAUGAUGGUCAAUAUCGUGCUGCGGCAGCAGUGGAUUGUGUAUGCAAUCUUCACGGAAGAUCUACAACAUUCGUCUGCCGCAAGCUUCUUUGUUGGAUUUGCUGAAGUUUUUCGACGAGGCAUGUGGUCGCUUCUCAGAGUUGAGAAUGAACAUUGCAACAAUGUGGACAAGUUCCGUGCCUAUCGCGAUGUGCCCCUACCUUACAAGCUGGCUGAGGAGGAGAGCGUGUCACAACGGCCAAGCGUCGGUAUUCGUCCCGACAUGCAGCCUAGAGCUAUUCCCGACGGGGUCCAGGGCGCCACUGGCGCAGACGUGGAACGGCAGUUCACUGGCGACACCGAGACCAGCUCUAUACGCCGCAGGCGUAUCGAGUCUCAACCGACGCCUACCUUCCGUGCUCUUGCCCGCGUCGCAACAGUACUCGCCUCAGCCCACACUCAAGACUUUGAAAAGAGAAGACGUCCUGUUGGACAGACACCGGAAGACGAGGCGCUUGACCCGAAUGAUAGCAGUGAUGAGGAAGAUGAUGAGGCUGAUGCUCAAGAGGAGAUCCGAGCGUCAACUGAGAUACCAGAUCGCGGGAGGUCUGAGCAGGCUCGUGAUACACACGAGAGACCUGCACGCAGUGGUCGCCCGGCCUGA